CCGUCACCGAGCCCUGCUGGCGCCUCGCUGGAGGUGGGUUAACAGCCUCCCCGAGGCCCGGCGAGGAUUCUCGAAGCCGGCGGCGCCGUCCAGGCCUCCGGUUACGGUGCCCAGAAAGGCAGUAUUUGGACGUCGCGGACAGAAAAUCUGCUUAGCUUCCAGACAGACGGGCGGAGGGGAUAGGUAACAACUGCAGUCACUGGGGAGUUCCGACACGUCUGCUCUCGCUGCCAGCCGGAAGCGCCCGGCACGCCACGACAGCUCACCGGACACGCCCCGACCUCUCCCAGGCGUGGAGAUAGAGCGCCCUCUAGCGGCCCCGGAGACCGCGCCUCGAGAUUUCCGCAAGAUCCCGUCUCCCAGCCACGCCCAGACUCGCGAGAGUAGGAACAGCGGUCUCAAAGGGCUCCACGGAACGGAACUUCCUACGUCUAGUGUUCCUACACGGAAGGAUCUUAAUUCACCGGAAUCAAUUGGCGUUCAGGGGCAAAAGCGAAGAGGGAGGUGCUCUUAAGGUGACAAAGCCUACCGGACGGAGCGGAAGUCCUUGUUCACACGCCGCGCGGAGAGGAUCCUGGGGGCCGGAAGGAGGUGGAAACUCCAGCCGCGGAGCAAUUCGCGGGCGAGCUGGCCUGGGAGGAGAGCGCGUGGCUGUUGGGAGAGGCGUGUUGCUGGAGCGCGUGGCGGUUCGCGGCGGUCGGAGGUUACCGAAGGCCUGACAUCGGUGUGGAACUUAAGCCCGUGAGUUAUGGUGGGGAGAUCCCGGCGGCGCGGAGCGGCCAAGUGGGCAGCUGUGCGAGCCCAGGCUGGUCCCGGCCCAGAGGACGAAAAUGAAGACGAUUCAGAAUUGCCACCCUCGCCUGGGGACUCCAGCUACUACCAAGAUAAGGUAGAUGAUUUCCAUGAGGCCCGAUCCCGGGCUGCCUUGGCUAAAGGCUGGGGCGAAGUGGAGAGUGAGGAGGAGGAGGACGGUGAUGAGGAGGAAGAGGUUCUACCCCUAGAUAUUGCUGAUGAGGACGAUGAAGAUGGAGAGAGCGCGGGGGAUGACGCGGAUGCCGAUGACGAUGGCGGGAGCUCCGUGCAGAGUGAGGCCGAGGUGUCCGUGGAUCCCAGUUUGUCAUGGGGUCAGAGGAAAAAACUUUACUAUGACACAGACUACGGUUCCAAGUCCCGACGCCGACAGAGUCAACAAGAAGUAGAGGAGGAGGAAAGAGAGGAGGAAGAGGAAGCGCAGCUCAUUCAGCGGCGCCUCGCGCAAGCCCUGGAAGAGGAUGACUUUGGGGUCACCUGGGUUGAGGCCUUUGCAAAACCAGCACCUCAGGUAGAUGAGGCUGAGACCCGCGUCGUGAAGGAUCUGGCGAAAGUUUCAGUGAAAGAGAAGCUGAAGAUGCUGCGGAAGGAGUCACCAGAGCUCUUGGAGCUUAUAGAAGACCUGAAGGUUAAGCUGACUGAAGUGAAGGAUGAGCUGGAGCCGCUGCUGCAGUUGGCGGAGCGAGGGGUCAUUCCACCCGGAAAGGGGAGCCAGUACCUGAGGACCAAGUACAACCUCUAUUUGAACUACUGCUCCAACGUCAGCUUUUAUUUGAUCCUGAAAGCCAGGAGAGUCCCCGCGCAUGGACACCCCGUCAUAGAGAGGCUUGUCACCUACCGCAAUUUGAUCAACAAACUGUCAGUUGUAGAUCAGAAGCUGUCUUCUGAAAUUCGUCAUCUGCUCACAUUUAAAGAUGAUGCUGGGAAGAAAGGACUGAAUUCGAGAGCAAAAUCCACCAAGGCCAAGCCAAAAUCCGUUUCAGAGACUUCUGCUGCGGCCUCUGCUGUUGCAGCUACGUCUGAUGAUUCCGAUCUUGAUGAUGAAGCUGCGCUGAAAUUCUACAAGGAAAUAGAAGACAAGCAGAAGUUGAAGAGGAAGAAAGAAGAAAAUAGUGUUGACGAACAGACUCUUGAAGAUCAGAAUGCGAAGAGAGCCAUUACCUAUCAGAUCGCUAAAAAUAGAGGACUUACACCUAGAAGAAAGAAGAUCGAUCGCAAUCCCAGAGUGAAACACCGGGAAAAGUUCAGAAGAGCCAAAAUCCGCAGGAGAGGGCAAGUUCGUGAAGUCCGGAGAGAAGAGCAGCGUUACACCGGUGAACUCUCUGGCAUUCGUGCGGGAGUUAAAAAGAGCAUUAAGCUUAAGCAUUAAGCUAAGCUUUUCACUUAGCUUAAGUUUUUCGGCAAUAAUUUUAGAUCAAUAAAUUUUUAUCUUUAACUGGUGAA